GUAUUAUGAAACGCCUCCCAAUCAAUUUGACUGCAUUUAGCUGGAUUCUGCGAUCAUCAACCACUGUUGUCAUCAGUGGACGUCCAGGCAGGCCCGGACUGACAAUCUGUGUGUUCGGGCAUUCUCCCGACGGGCCGCACUACAUUUUAUUUAAGUGGGCCGCUCCUCACCUUCAACACAGCACUGAUUGCCUCAGGAGCUCUUUGAAUACAUCCGAUGGGCACUAGGACCGCUCCUCCGUCCUAUCUCCCACGUGGCUCUGCCCCUCCCACUCCUCUCACGCUGCUGCUGCUGCCGUGCUGUGUGAGUGUCCCUGCAGCCCUUCUAUGGAGUACUCUGUGCUGUGAACCUGCAAAAUAUGACCCUAGUUUUAAGGGUCCCAUUAAGAAACGGAGCUGCACUGAUAUCAUCUGCUGUGUUCUCUUCAUGGUAUUUUUACUUGGUUACAUGGUAGUGGGAAUACUAGCUUGGUUAUACGGUGACCCUCGCCAGGUUAUAUACCCGCGCAAUUCUACAGGAAUGUACUGUGGCAUAGGGGAAAAUCAAGGGAAGCCCAAUGUUCUGUAUUAUGACCUGCUGAAGUGUGUCACUGGCACAAACAUCCUAGCUGCAGCAAUGAAUGGCUUGCAAUGUCCCACCACACAGGUCUGUGUCGAGAAAUGUCCUACGGAAUUUAUGUGGGCAAUUUCUAAUGACUCCCCAGCCAAAGUUUAUAACCAGGAAUACUGUCAGCCAAGUAUUAAUCUGACCAUCACAAACUUGACAGUGGCAGAAAUUGCUGCUAAGGAGCUGUGUCCCGUGUUCCUUGUUCCUUCAACUUCCUUCUUUAACAGGUGUUUCCCAGGCUCUAAUCUCACCUUUCCUGCGGAUUUCAGCAUUAAUGGCUUAACUGGGAACCAGUCAAAAGCUAAUAUCAGUGAAGCUGCUAGUCAAAUUUUAGAUUCCUUCAAUUUCCAGAACGUUGGGAAGAAAAUAUUUGAAGAUUUUGCCAAAUCUUGGCCGUGGAUUAUCACAGCACUGGUUAUUGCAAUGGUGGUCAGCCUUCUCUUCCUGAUCCUGCUGCGUUUCACAGCUGGAAUCCUGGUCUGGGUGCUUAUCGUCGGUGUCAUUGGGGUUAUUGGAUAUGGAAUAUACCAUUGCUACAUGGAGUAUGAUACCCUGAACAAACAAGGGGUAUCCGUGUCAGAUGUGGGUUUCACCUUUAACCUUGGUGUUUACUUCCGAGUGAAAGAAACAUGGUUGGCAAUCUUAAUUGUCCUGGCUGUGAUUGAAGCAAUCCUUCUUUUGGUCUUGCUUUUCUUGCGGAAAAGGAUCCUCAUAGCCAUCGCACUGAUUAAGGAAGCCAGCAAAGCGAUUGGGCAUAUAAUGUCCUCUCUCUUCUAUCCUCUUGUCACAUUUGUGCUCCUCGUUGUCUGUGUAGCAUACUGGGGAAUGACCGCACUAUACCUCGCUACCUCUGGGGCUCCAAUCUAUAGAAUCUCCACAGUAAACACAAGCCUCCCAGGAUGUGAAAAUAUCACAGGAAAUGAAACUUGCAAUCCCAUGACGUUUUCACCCUCCAGUUCUUGCAAAGAAGCUCGCUGUAUUUUCCAAAGAUACAAUAACGAGGGACUCUUCCAAACCAAUCUCUUCAACCUGCAGAUUUAUAAUGUAAUUGGUUUCCUUUGGUGUAUUAAUUUCGUCAUUGCUCUGGGACAGUGCGUCCUGGCUGGGGCUUUUGCAUCUUAUUACUGGGCUUUCCACAAACCCAAAGACAUCCCAUUCUUCCCCGUGGCUGAAUCCUUCAUGCGUACUCUGCGAUAUCAUACUGGCUCUUUGGCAUUUGGAUCUCUCAUCCUUACCAUUGUUCAGCUAAUCCGAAUAAUAUUGGAAUAUCUGGACCAUAAACUAAAAGGGGCCCAGAAUCCUUGUACACGUUUCCUACUCUGCUGUCUGAAAUGCUGCUUCUGGUGCCUGGAAAAAUUCAUCAAAUUCCUAAAUCGCAAUGCAUAUAUUAUGAUUGCUGUUUAUGGGAAAAACUUCUGCGUUUCUGCUAAAAAUGCUUUCAAGCUGUUAAUGCGAAACAUUGUAAGGGUAGUUGUCCUGGAUAAAGUCACUGAUUUGCUCAUAUUCUUUGGGAAACUCAUCGUUGUUGGAGGAGUAGGUGUACUGGCAUUCUUCUUUUUCUCUGGCCGGAUUCCAAUUCCAAAUGAUUCAUUUAAGUCCCCAGCGUUGAACUAUUACUGGAUUCCUAUUCUGACGGUGGUACUUGGGUCAUACAUGAUUGCUCAUGGUUUCUUUAGCGUUUACAACAUGUGUGUGGAUACCCUGUUCCUGUGUUUUUUGGAGGAUUUAGAACGUAAUGAUGGGUCGCCAGAGAAGCCAUUUUACAUGUCAAAAUCCCUCAUGUCUAUUUUAAACAAGAAAAACCGCCCACCCAAGUCCGAGGAGAAGACAAAGAAAAAGUAACAUCUUUACCUCCGUUAUCAUUUCAUUUGAUCAUUUCCGUUUUUAACUGACCAAUGUCCUGAGAGGACUUCAUUUCCAGGAUAUCUGCUUGUGUCUGUAUAUAGAUUUUAUUACUAGUCGCCAGUGCCAUAAGUUUACAUGAAUUGUGAUCCAACUUUUUCCAAAAAGAAAAUCUCACAUGGAGCAAGAAAGAUGAAUAUAUUAUAUGACCUCAUUUCCUGUGAGAAAGGAUCAGAGUAGGAAAUAUAAAUGCCACUAUUCUGUUGCACUUUCUGUAUACAAGAUGGAAUCUUAUCCACUUCCAAUAGAGUAUUCAAAGAGGAAGACAAUAAUUUAUUACAGCAUUUCUUUAAAAAAAAUCUGUAUUUGUAUUGAUUUUCUAACAUUGCUGUUUCAGAUCUCCAAAAUGGCAGCAAUUUAGAGCCUUUGGCAGAUUUUUCUCUUUGCUGUUACACCUUCUUCCGUUUUCAGUUAUCACUUUAUUUUUCUUCCUGUGUGACCACUUACUUGCCACAGAAUUUAGAACCUACAGUCCUGACUGCCACAUACCUGCAUAAAUGCCCUUUUUAGCUCACAUUAAACAAUUGUCAGUGGAUUUCACCCUUCUUUAUGAUGCGAAGAAAUUUGAUUCUGACAUAAUGGAGCAAGGUCUGUCAGUUGGAAAAGGCAUUAUGAACAGGGUCGGACUGGAACAUUGGGGGCCCACCAGGCUGCAAUAUGAAGGGCCCUCCUGGCAGUCAAUGAGGCCCCUUCCCGACCUCCAAACGCCGACCCUUGCAUGCACAAAUGCGUUUUCGAUGCUCGCAUGCACAUAAGUCACGCCGUGAGCAUGCGCAAAUAUCCUGGCUCUGCAGUGCAGCACCUGUUCUCUGUGGACCAGCCGAUCAGGGGAGCAGGUUUGGGUCGGCGGGAGCCCAUCAGGUUUUUUCUCUGUGUCCCGCCGGCCCAGUCCGAACCUUUUAUGAAACAUAGCCAAUUUUGAGGCAUUUAUUAGAGCCAUACUGAUGAUAACUCGGACUUUAAUGUAUAGAUACUGUGUACAUUUUUUAUAGAUAUCUGCUGUUAUUUUUUUAUCUGCUAACAUUUACUUUCAUACCUUGAAUAAAAAAUCCGACUGCUUAAUAAAAGUUUUAUUAUUAAAGUGUA